AUGGCUUAUGGCUAAAAAAUAGCUAUCCCUAAUCCAACGACUAGUUGGCGAUCAGAAUCCAAGCCAAACACAAUGGAGAACCUCUUGGCCAAGUGGACCCACACGGGGGACUGGAUGCAGGAGCAGUGGGAGAACCUGCUGGGGGUCAUUGGAGAGGAUCCCUGGAGACUAUGGGUCCUGGGCAGUACGGUGGUCAUAUUCUCCGUCUAUUGGAUCUAUGCGGCCCUGUUCACCCUGAUGGAUAUAACGAACAAGCCCAAGUUCCUGCGCCGCUACAAAAUCCAACCUGGCCAGAAUGAACCGGUGGACUUGAAGAAACUCUGGAAUGCCGUCAAGGUGGUGAUCUUCAACCUGACCGUGGUCAACGUCCUGACCUCCUGGGUGGUCUACGAGCUGGUCUACAAGACAGAGAACAGUCGAGACAUCCGACAGUUGCCGACUUUCAAGAGGACUGUCAGGGACUUGGUGGUGUUUGUGAUUCUGGAGGAGAUCAUGUUCUACUACGCCCAUCGGUUGCUCCACCACAAGUCCAUCUACAAGUACGUUCAUAAGAAGCAUCACGAGUGGACGUCUCCCAUUGCCGCCAUCACCCUGUAUGCCCAUCCCGUGGAGCAUAUUGUGGCCAACCUGAUGCCCGUGGCCUUGUCCAUUGCCUUCCUGGGCACACAUGUGGCCCUCGCCUGGGUCAUCUUUGCUCUUGCGAUUGUCAACUCCAUGAGCGAUCAUACGGGCUAUAGCUUCCCCUGGUCCGGGGGAUCUGUCAAGUUCCAUGAUUAUCAUCACGCCAAGUUCAACUAUAACUAUGGAGUUUUGGGAAUUUUGGAUAAAUUGCAUGGAACAUAUCGGGCUGUACCAGAACAAAAGACGGCUGCAAAAAUAAAAAGCAAGCCCGCUAAGAGGAAAAUUAAAUGAAUAUUAAUUUUC